GUCAUUUUAAUGAUGUGGAAUCAGUUUCCAUGUGUUAUAUUCAAUAUAUAUUUUAGCUUUCAUUUUCUGAUGAUACUUUUAUAAUAGAAUUAAAUGGAAUUACAAAUUAUUGUUAACUAAUUGAAUAUGUAUAUUUAAUGAAUAACAAAGAUGGCGCUCAUUUUGAUUUAUCUAUAUAUUUGUAAAGUGCUCAUUUGACAUGUGAAGAGGUUAUAUUCCUUCCUGUUUCUCAUUAUAUUGAUAUUGCCUACAAACGUGUUGUACGAAAAGUUUAAUGAUAAUUUUGACACGAAAAACACGUAGAAGUAUAAAAGAGAUAGUGUAUGAAAGGAAAUUGUAUAAUAUAUAUAUAUAUUUAAAAACUAUUAUUGAAUUAUUAAAUUUCUAUGACACUGGAUUGUCAAAAAGUUUAAGACAAGGCAAUGGGUACAACACCAAGUCGAUAUGAUGAUCUAUCUAAAAAUAUUUAUUUAGAAAAAUUUUGUGGGAAAAAAAGUAUUCUUCCAAAUGAUCCAUUUUGGAACACAUUUUUAUCCUACAAUAUGAGACCACCUGUUACAAGAAAUGAUCAAAUAGAAUUGGAUUCUAGAUUAGAUUCUUCAUGUCAACAAUUACUUGCAAAUAAUAUAAGUACUGGUAAUUUUGGUAGUUUGAUACAAGUUGCUCUUAUGCGUGCUAGCAAUUUACUUGCACCAAUGCAAAAUCAAAAAAUCAUAUCAGCAUGGCAAACAUAUAAUGCAUUAUUUGCGGUCAGAUGUAUAUUAAAAUAUUUGAUUGAAACAGUUGGUGAAGAAGAAAUGAUAAAGCAUAUAGAAGCACCACAACUACCAGUACCAACACAAUCAAAUGCAUCUUAUAGAUUAAAAGAUCUUUUUGAAGCAUUAGUUGAUAUUAUAACAGACGUACCAUUAUGUGAAUUCACAUAUGUUGUACAUCUAGAAGCUAUAAAUUGUUUAUUAGUACUACUUUCUGUACAACUAUUUUCUCAAACUGCAGCUGAAUAUAGCUGUAUAUACAGAAUAGCAAUGCAUUCACAUUCUAGUGAACAUGCUCCAGCAAUGGUGUGUACAUUAUUACACAAUUUUGUGCAGCAAGAACAUGCUCCUCCUGGUUUACUUACACAACAACCAGGAGGGAGUAUUGUUUUUAGUAUAGCUGCUGGAUUAUGGAAUGUAAUUACAAUGGGUAUGGGUAGUAGUUUAAAAAAUGUACAAGUUACAAGUAAUGGUACUUCUGAAGAGGAAGAACGAAAACGCGAUACAGAAACACCUCUUGCUAGUCAAUCAUUAUUACUUCUAUUGGUAUUAACAAAUCAUUGUACUGCAACCCAAAAUCCUUAUAGGAAUGCACUUUUUACAUUUAUAGAUAUGCAAGAAGAUUAUUCCACAAUGCAAGGAAAAAGUGCAUUUAGAUUUAAUAUAAAUAAAUUAUAUAAUACUAUAUGUAAAAUACCAAACACGGAUGAGGUUACAUUAUUAUUAUACAUGUUGCUACAUAGGAAUUCAAGUGUAAAACAAGAUAUCAUGAGAAGACCAGAUAUACAACUAUUAGUAACACCAAUACUUCAAAUAUUAUAUCAUGCUCCAAAUAAUACAUCCCAUCAUAUUUAUAUGUCUCUCAUUAUUCUCUUAAUUUUAAGUGAAGAUGAAACAUUUAAUAAAAGAAUACAUGAAAUAAUGCUUAAAGGUGUAAAUUGGUAUACAGAAAGAUCAAUAAGUGAAAUAUCAUUAGGAGGUCUAUUAAUACUUGUAGUUAUAAGAACCAUACAAUAUAAUAUGUUUAAAAUGAGGGAUAAAUAUCUUCAUACAAAUUGCUUAGCAGCUUUAGCAAAUAUGUCAGCACAAUUUACAUCUUUACAUCCUUAUGUUAGUCAAAGAUUACUAAGUUUGUUUGAAACUCUUGCAAAAAAACAUGCUAGAUUGGAAACAAAAAUACGUACGCAACCGUCUGUUUCUUCCGAUAAUACUACUAUUACAAUUAAUGGAACAACAGCAAACACAGACUUGAUUCAAGACUUAACAAUACUUGAAGAAGUUCUACGAAUGGUAUUAGAGAUUAUAAAUAGUUGUUUAACUCAUAGACUUGCACAUAAUCCAAAUUUAAUAUAUACUCUUUUAUAUAAAAAAGAUAUUUUUCAACCAUUUAGAAUGCAUUCAGCAUUUCAAGAUAUUGUGCAAAACAUAGAUUCUGUCAUAAAUUUCUUUUCUUAUAAAUUGGAGCAAAAGGAUCAAUCACAACUUGGUGUAAGUCAAGUUUUAACUACAAUUCAGCAAGGUACUAGUGAAUGGCCACAUGAUCGUUUAAGGAAAUUUCCAGAAUUAAAAUUUAAAUAUGUAGAAGAGGAACAACCAGAAGAAUUUUUUAUUCCUUAUGUAUGGAGUGUUGUAUGUCAAAGUGCAUUAUUACAUUGGAAUGCAGAAAAUAUAAAAUUAUUUUCACCUCAUAGUGGUGAACAAACAACAAUUAUUGUUUGCUGAUACUGAGAUAAAAGCUGCUGCUUGCAGUAGGUAUAUAAUAUAGCAAUUAAGUAAAAAAUAUUGGAAACUUUAUAAAGAAAAACAUUUAUUUGAUACGAAAGUAAUACAUUAUUUAUUGCAAAAUUAAAAUCAAAACAAGAAUGAAAAUAGAGAUUAGCCUAAAACAAUAGAAUCAUUUUACAUUUGGAAUAUUAUAGUACGUAUCUCUUUUUUUUACUAUUUUAUUUAAUUGCAUUAAUAUUUUCCAAAAGAAUAAUUCAUUCAAAAUAAACAUUAGUUAAAUCUAAUGAAAUUUAAUUAAAAUAAUUUUGAAAUAUUUUAAAAUCUUUUGAAUGCGCAUGCAUAAGCCUAAUUAGAUUAUUUUUUGUAUAAAUCAUAAAUAAUAGCAGUUAAUCCUUUCAUUGUACAGUAAAAUUGGCUUUAAUCUCGUAAAAAUAUGCAUUAUUAAGACUGGUGUUGCAAUUUAUUAUUUUAUAACAGCUAUAUUAUUAUUUAAGUAUUUAAAUACUAUGAUAUAAAAAUGUCUAAAUAUUCAACUGGAGCAUCAUCAUUCAUACUAUAAAUAAGUAUAAAUAUUUUAUACUAUUCACAAAAUAUAUAAAUAAAUAUUAUUUGUUAUAGUUUCCAGUUGAAUAUUCACGCUAAAAAAAUAUUUCCGACAUUAAAACAUAAAUAUAUUAAUAAAGUUUUUCAUAGAAAGAUAGAGUUAAAUGAUUGUUUUUUUAAUAAAAAAAAAAGAAUUCAUGUUUUUUAUUGUAACAUCUAUUUUUAAAAAUUGUAAAAAAAACAUCAAAUAAUGUUCAAUUUUGAAACAUCAAGCUAAAAUGUUAAAAAAUUAUUUUAAAACAGAAUAAUAGUAUCAUAAUUCAAGGUAAAAUCUUAUAACAUUCAAACAUUGUAAAUCAUUAUUUAUAUAAUCGUGAAAAAUGUUUAUUUACAUUUUAUGUAUCGUAUUUAAUUGUAAAUAUCUAAUAUAUAUUAAGUGCAUGGAAACAAAUUAAGAAAAAAUUAUUUAAUGAAAAUUUUUAAAAAUGGCAUAAUAUGACAGCAUUUAUAUACAUAUAUAAUUAAUGCUGUUAAUGUUGAAAAUGAUUUUAAUUUAAUAAUAUAUAUAUAUAUAUAUACUUAUAUUUAAAAAAAAUAAAGAAUUCUGAUAUUUAUAAAAAAUAUGUCUUUAUUUUAUUAAAUUUUUAACUUAAAAGAUAUAGAAUAAAAAUAUUAUAAAAAUUAAUAAUUAAAAAAAUGAAAGUAUUGAACAAUGCAAAUAUAUUAUAAAAAUGAUUGAAUUUAUUAUCUAUGGAUUAUAUUAUCUAUAGAUACACAUAUCAAAUGUUUUAUUCAAUAAAAUAAUUUUUUUUAAAUACAAAAAAUUUUGAUAUGUAUGUAAAUAUUUAAAUGAAAAAUAUGUAAUAAAUCAUAAGUUAAUAAAUGCUAUUAAAUAAAGAUUUUUAUUUACUAAAAAUGAAGAGGGAAUAAAUUAAUAUUAACUAUCUUUCAGCUUAUAGGACACAUUAAAAUAUAUAUUUUUUAAAUAUUUUAUACGCAAAUUUUAAUAAUUAUUUUAAUAAUAUAUAUAAAACUAUAUUGAAAUUUAUUUUUUGAUUUUUUCUAUUCUAUUACUACUAUGCAAUAAAAUAAUUAUCAAAUGUGAUUAUAUUAUGAUAUUAUAAUGUAAGGAUAUAUAAAAUAAAAUAUAUGUUUUUAAAACAAAUAUAUACAAUAAUUAAACUCCAAUGCGUUCUAUAAGCUAUAAAGUUAGUCCCUUUACUUUUCGAAUGUACAUCUUUAUUAAACAAAUACAGUUGACGUCUUAAUAUUAUUUAUAAUAUGUCGUUAUAGAUAGUAUUUCAUUUUCCUAGCCUGUGCAGCGUGUAUAUGCGGCCGCGCUUAUGUGUGUAUAUGUGUAUAUGAAUGUGUAUGUAGGUGUAUGUUAAUAUGUACGUGUAUGUUUCUCUGUGUAUGAUACUAUUGCUAAUAUUUCUCUUGUCGAACGAUUCUCAAUUACAGGAUAACAAGGUAAUUUGACAUUUCUGUGCGUCACGUGUAGACGCACUGAAUAACUCAGUGUGUCACACGUUUAAAUCAAAACUUGUGUUACAAUCUUUUCUUCACCUUUUUCCAUAUUUCACAUCACUUAAUGACUUUGAAACUGUGCUUAGCGUACAGAUAGUAUCAAUAUUAAUAAUUAAAUUCCUUAACGGUACUAUAUCAUUACUUAACCUUAUUAGUUAACACACAAUCAAUCUGCGACGGGAGGGAAUUUAGUCGGUCCGUAACAUCUCGCUUACGGCCUAGCUAUAUAGUCGAUAUAGUUGAUUAUUUAAUUCAUUACAAUGUUACCGUAGGAUUGAUAAUAUUUUAUCUCUUUUUUUUCUUUUGAAAUGAGUUUGAAUUACGUGACAGACACGUACCUACGCACGUAAUUUCUGUGGCCUUUUCUUGCAUCAAAGGGUACUUAACAUUUAUAUACGAAAUAGAGGCGAGAGCGUACUAUUGUGUAUUUGUCGUGCGCCCAAGUGCUCUAACAAAUUCGGAUCAAGCGUUUUGCAUUCAGGAACAGAAAUUCGCGGUUUUCCAAGUAUCAUAGUAAUUCUUAUGAUCGCGAACAGUAUACUCCUGAAUUGUUUCAGCUUGGACCGAAAAUUGAAAAUAUUCUGUAGACUAUUUAGGCGAAUGGUACGUGUAAAUGUCAAAGAGUAUGUAUAUUUAUAUACGUAAACAUACAUACACGGAUACAUGUGCAUAUGUAUACGUACACUAGCUGCCUACAAAAUACAAUAGUACAUUACAAAUUCAUACCAUCUUUUUUCGUUCUUUUUUUCCCCUCUUUCAUCUCUUAAAUCAUCAUUUGCAAACAGCUUAGAUAUAUUUUUAUGUAUAAUAUAUAUUAUAAUAGUAUCAUCUAGUUGGUUUUGUUCUGCGUAGUUCCAUUUUUUCUCUUUUCUUUUUCUCCAUACAAUUAAUAUAAUUAAGUACAUCUUUAGAACAGGCGUGUGUGUACACCUAGUUAGGUUGCAAUGGUGUCGUUCUCUCUUAUGAAUAUUUUUUCGCUAGCAGCCGAGAAAAACGAGUCUUUUUGAUAUACAUAUACAUAUCAUCUUGCUCCAAAUGGCUCGUUAGACCGGAUAACAAAAAAAAUGCUCCCUUUCUGUACUCGAGUCGAGUUGUCGACGGAUAUUCUUCGUUGACUUCCAGUACAGAAUACAUUACGAUUUGAAUUCUCGCGUUUCUAAUGUUGCGAAAGUCAGCAUUUUAAUUCUUUGUGCAGUUGUUAAAUUUUAUACUUAUGCCGUGUAAAAGACUCAAGAAAGGGUCUGUGGAGGGUUGUGUUGUGCGAUCGAAGAAGGAAUCGGUCAAUCAAAUUUCUUUUUCUUUUUUUUUUCUUAUGAUUCAUGAUAAAUUCUAUGAUCCUCGAAAUAUAUAUGUAUAUGUAUGUAAAGAAUUUAUAGCCCCAUAAAAAGAGAAAUUCAUAUAUAAUUGUAAACAUAAUUAUUUCCCGAAUAUCAUAUUAUUUAAAUUUAUACAUUCAAAAAUAAUUGAAUUGCAUUUGCAAUAAUUACAAACUAAAAUUGUAAAUUAGAUGAGAGAUUUAUAAAUUUUUCAAUAUUAUAAUUCAUUCGAUUAUUCACGUGGAAAUUUACAGAGAAAAUUUGAAAUGCGCAUACACGUGUGUCGCAUGUGCGCUGUUAAAAAAAAAAGAAUUAAAUAAAAUAAAUAGCAGCAUAAUAUUGUUUCCUUCAUUUUUAGCGACCAUUAUUAUUUUUUAUUUUUUUUUGUUUCUUUCAUUACACUUCGAAUACUUAAUCGCGCCAUUUUGUUCUUCCUCGAUCAAAUGGAAAGAAAAUGUAUAUAAAUAAUGCACUUAUUCUUUAUCUUAACAUAAUUAAAAGAAAAGUAAAAUGAAAACGAAAAAAAAAAAAGAAAUUUUCUUUUUUUUUAUAAAUAAAGAUGAUAGAAACGAAUCAUGAUUAUGGCAAGUAACGUCACGAUAACGAGUUGCUAUAUAGGAGCCCUUUACGAAAAGUUUUUAAACUUUUGACAAAUCUCUUAUAAAAAUGAUAUGAUAUGCUCGUUGGAAAAAUAAAUUGUUCAUAUAGUUUCUAUGAAUAUAGAUAUCCGUACACAAACUUUCAAUACUAAAUAUUCGAUCGGUCGGUAUAAUUCUAAAUACAUAGAUACAUACACAAAAUCCUCUCAUUACUUCGUAGCGAGUAUCAAUGCGCAGUUAUUUACGAGAUCAUUCGUCGAUAAUUAAUACCCUGCGGAUCAUUGCACGUACGAGGCAUACGUUCGAAUGAUACAGUGAACUAUACUUGCUCACCAGCUAGAAAUACGUAUUUCCCUUUUAAUACAAAACAAUAGAAUACACAUUUUCGCUUAAUAUACGGUAUUACACAUCCCGCUUUUCUUGUUUUUUUAAUGAACGUGCAAGUAGUUCAUGUAUCAACGAACGUGCGACACUUUUCUCACGCAUCUGUCCCUUAAUACCUAUGCCGUUAUAAUAGUUAAUGUUUUAAAAUACAACAACAGUAGAGCAGUUUGCAUUCGAGAUGUUCCUCGAGUGGUACGCCUAACAUGCGAUAGAUACUGAUAGGAAAUCAGUUUGAGUGUUUCGCUAUUAAAAUAUAGAGUAGAAUUCAACAUACUAGUCGCGUAAAGGCACAUAAAAAUCAGUUUCUCUAUGAAAAGAGUACGAUUGCACGAUAAUCCUUUAAAAAAAUAACAAACGAUAUCCUUCGCUGGUCGAAUUGCUGCGCAUUAUUUUUCAAUAAAUAAAUUGACUCCAUUGUAUAAAUGGAGGCGCGCUCCUCACCACAGAAUAAUGAUCGGACGCUGUAUGUAUAUGUAAGUACACAUGUUUUUUUUUAUUUUCUCUUUUUUUCUUUUUCAUGCACAUACACAUGUACUCCAUACAGUCUGUAUACGCAAUGAA